GAGCUGCAGUCCACCCCCGUCAUUCUCCAGCCCACACAGACAGCAAACCAAUGCGCUGCGCCGGAGGAGGGUUUCUGCCAGUGAUAUCAGCCGAGGAGAGAUACGCACAGGGGAUUUACUACGGCAGAUCUGCGCCGCUUUCAGAGAGAAGUGAGGAUGUGACGAUGAGCAGGGUGUCCUCCUGCUUAUUCUGUCUCAAAACACGCCUGCUUUGCUUUCUUUGUCAAUUCUGCUCCGGGACCUUCAGAGACGCGACAUUAGAGAGACUAUAUCCCCGGUUUGCGCAGCACAGAUCCUCACAAAGGAGCUGGAAAGGUGGUUUUUGCAGUGCAUGUGCUUCCCGUCCCUUGGCUGACCUUUCCAGUGCAGUGCGCCAUGUCUCUGCCACGCACCCUUGGGGAGUUGCAACUGUAUCGGGUGCUGCAGAGGGCCAACCUGCUUGCCUACUACGAAACCUUCAUCCAGCAGGGGGGAGACGACGUGCAGCAGCUCUGUGAGGCUGGUGAGGAGGAGUUCCUAGAAAUGAUGGCCCUGGUUGGCAUGGUGACCAAGCCGCUGCAUGUGCGUAGGCUGCAGAAGGCUCUCAGAGAGUGGGCGGCGAACCCUGCCCUUUUCAGCCAGCCUGUGGCUAAUGUCCCUCUUGGGGGGAUCCAGUUGUUCAAAGUUGAAGGGACUGGCUCCAGUGGGUCUGCAGGUGGGCCCAGAAAGGCUUUGAGCAACAGUCAGCCUGGUUCCCCCAGUGACAGAGAGGACCGGUCAUGUCUCACCCCAAUGUACAGUGGGAGUCCAAGAAGUCCCUGCUCCCAGGCCUCUCCACAGCCGCCAGAGACGCACUACAGGGAAAAACUCUCCCCGAUGGACCUGACCUGGCUCAGCCCAGACCCCGAUGGGAAUGGUGCUCUUGCGUCUGCAUCUGGAGCAGAGGAGGAGCCGCAAAGACCCCCUCUGCUGUCAGCAGGUCCUCCGGGUCCCUCCACGUCUCCGGUGCCCUCCGCCUCCUUUGCCCUGGCACCCCUCUCAGCCUGGCCGGGGGGGCAGCUGGACGAGGAAACGGCCAGGGCCGUGGUGGAGAGCGUGGACAGACUCUACAGAACCUUGCCCAGAUCAGACCCUGCAGAGGUGAAGACUCUGCUACGGAUGGACAAGAAAAUAGCGAAAACCGUCGGUCACAUCUUCAGAAUGGGCUCCCAGGACCCAAACAAGGAGGAGGAGAUCCGAAAAUACAGCCUGAUUUACGGUGGCUUUGACUCCAAGAGGAGAGAGGGCAAGCAGCUCACACACCAUGAGCUGAUCACCAAUGAAGCUGCUGCCCAGUUCUGCAUAAGAGACAACGCUCUCCUGCUCAGACGGAUGGAGCUCUUCUGUCUGGCUCGACAGGUGGCCAGGAAAUGUGCCUACACCUCCACAUUGAAAAACGCAAGGUCGAAUACAGAUGAUAGCAGCGGUUUGUCUCUGAAGAGAGCGCGACAUGAGGUCAUUGUGUCUGAGUCAUCGCUUCUCGGAGUGGAGGGAUCUGAAGGAGCGACUCAGAGAGCAGAUGAAGACAGCUUGUCUGCAGAAGGAGUUGAUUGCGUAUCACAUGACUCCAGCUCCCAGUGCAACCAGUCUCCAUCACCCCGUCCCCACGGUGACGCCUCGAACCCUGCCAGCUGGAGCCGCCACCUAAUACAGCAGACGCUAAUGAACGAAGGCCUGCGAUUGGCUCGGAUGUGGUCACAUGAUCAGGCGGGGAAUGUCAGCCUGGGACCAGAGGGAACUCACACAGCAGACCCUGACAUUAAGGUGGAGCGGCAGAUCUCAAUAGCAGCGUGCAGGAGCAGUAGCCCUUGUGUCACCAAAGAGCCAACCAUCAUCUCCAACCACAGAGGAAAGUGAAACCUGCGGCCCAUCAGGGGAACAGUGCUCAGAGAGAGGACUCAAGGAUCAAACUGUAAAUCUGAGACUCCUCACCACCUGUACACACAUCAGCUGUAAAUGAAGAUCCAAACAGAGUUGUGCUUUAGUUCUGCCUCUGUUAAAAGUGUCCUCUGUCAGGGAAAAACCUACAUGUUACUGUGAGUAGCGCUGUGUGGUGGAGGAUCCACCUGCUACAGAUGAACCAUGGCUCACACAGCAGGGGGCACUGCAACUUUGGGAAACAGACUCUACUUGGAGCAGCACUGCAGAGGAGAUGUGCGUUUACCAGCGACCUUUCUUUUGCAGGUUACCGCAUAUUGUCGAGAGCUCCCCCACCUCAGGAAACCUCUGGAUGCUUUGUUUAGAACGCAGGUCGGCAUUGUUCAAGUCAAAUUUACCCAGAAGACACAGAUACCUUGCAAAAAUACUCAUACUUGUGAAACAUGUAGCAGUUUGUUAUGUUAUAAUUGCGAUUAUCUUUUUUUUUAUCAUUUAUUUAAGUUUUAUUUUUGUGUCAUACCAACAGAAGGUAUAUAUGAUCAGAAAGGAUGUCCUAAGAAAGGUCCAUGAUAUCCUGUGAUCACACAGGAAAACUGAAUUUUGUUGCAAGCAAAGAACAUGUUUUGAAAGAGGACAACUGAAAAAAUUGCCAUCCAGAAAUGAAACUGUAAAAACUUGUUAAUCCAAAUUAAAGUUUUCAACAUUUAUUCAAAUUUUCAAACAAAAUUUAAAAAAUGCGACUCUUAAAAUUGCACAGAUCACAUUCUCUUCACUUCUGUAGGCAGGCUUUCCUUUAAAGGGAGGAGAAAGGCACAUUUCUGUUGAUCAGCAUGGAUGUUAGCAAUAACAUUUUUAUUGGUCAAUGUGUGCAGCUGUUUGUAAUCGAAUUGAAGUGAAGAGAAUGAGAUUUGUAAAAUGCAAUUCGUAAAAAAUACAAUUUAUACAUCUUGAUUUGAAAAACUAAAACGUUAAACUUGUAAAGAAGAAAAGAAAAUAUAAAAAAAUACUAAAUUUACUUUGUAGUUUCUUGCAACAAUAAUGGAACAAAAUUCACUCCAUAGUGAAAAAAGGAGACUGAGCCCUUCCCCCAGAGGACCUUAGACUCUGGCACUCUACAUGGUGUUGGUCUAUCAUAUUAAAUGCACUGCAGUUUUUUAAUUUGUUUUUUGUAGUUUUAUAGUAUUUGAAUGUGAAAGUGUUUAAUGGGAGUGAAUACUUUUGCGAGGCGUUAUGGUGUUAAAAGGAUUUUGAAAAGCUUUAGUGAGUCAGUCAUAAUUUCUGUUAAACAACGCCUAGAGCUCUGUUAAUGGCUUUUGUCCUAUUUACGGUUUAAUGUCGUCCACUAAAGACAAAACUGUACAGUUGUUGAAACACUGCGUUGAAAACUACAUUAAAAAGUUCUUUUUUUAAAUUUUCACAACAUUGUUCAGAAAUGGAGUAUUAUCACAGCCGCUUGUGAGAUAUGUCAGUGAUCUUUGAAAAAUUAAGUCAAUCCCUAUCUGUUUUUGUUCCUGUUUUAAGACACUCAUGUUCUCUGUGGGGUUGUUCUUUUGUGCAGCUAUGCUAAAUUCUCGUAUUUGUGCAUUCACAAACACACUUGAUCCAUCUUGUAGCGCUCCUUCUCUUACUGUUUGAUACUGACCCAAAAAGGUCAGAGCAGGAGUAAGUAUGUUUAGAUGCUGAUGUCACAUCUGUUUGUUCAGAAUCUACAGUUUCAUCUUAUAAAGAGGAACAGGACAUUACAAGCGUUGAUUUAAAAAAAAGGAAAAAAAACAGUGGUUUCUCAUGGCAUCUGUCGUUUUCCUUUUUUACCUUAAUUGGCUACAACAAACUUUGAUAGGGAGCCACUAGGUGUGGCUCUGACCAAUCAGCUCAGAAGGUUCUGCUGAACAUCCCUUCUUUCCCCAAAUCAUCAGUUUGGCCGGCAGGAUAUCUAACAACUUAGAUUUAUAAAACACAGAGGUUCAGGUUAUCCUGCAUUACCUCUGUAGUUAUGCUGCUACAGGGUUAGGCUGAUGGAAGACAUAGGGACCACUUUCAUCACUCUGCUUCAUUCUAUCUCUGUUUUCAGAGGCCGUUGUAUAAAAGCAACUCCCUCAAAAUUAAUUCCCCUAUUUAUGUUCAUUAUCACUUUUCAAUGUUGCAGACCAUCGGUGAGGUAGCGUACUGUGCAUCAGUUACACCAGUCUGUUUUUCUAGCUUAUGUAUCCCUUUGUGUAUGCUGCAGGACAAAUAAUUUAUUUUAAUAUAUCAUAAUAAAUGUUACUUUAAUGAUU